GAGGUGAAUGACAGACUGACAGCGUCAAUGGCUGACAUAAAUAUUUUGUAAAAGGCGUGCAGUGUUGACUGGGUGACUCUAUAUUUUAAAAUAAAAACAUUUAAAACUGAAACCUUUAUCACUACCCGCCAUGUGGGUAAUAAGGAUAGGAGUAUCUAAGGAAGCAUGGGCGUUUAAAUUACGGCGCUAAUGAAAGCCAUGGGCGGGCGAGGCGCAGUGCGGUCGAGCGCUAGGCUUAGUGCUGAAACCACCCAGGCUCCGUCAACUUCUAAUGUUCCUGGAACCAAAGUGAGGCCUGUGGCAGCUGCUGCAGCCGCAGCUGCCAGAAGGGCUAGAGCAGCAGAGCGAGCACGCGAAGUUGAAGAUAGCCCGCGGGUCUUGAAAGAAAAAUGCCGAAGACUGGCCAGGGCGCUGCGCAACGCUAAGCAUCUUGUUGUCUACACAGGAGCUGGAAUUAGCACGGCAGCUGACAUCCCUGACUACAGGGGCCCCCAUGGAGUAUGGACUCGACUGCAACGAGGAGAAAGUGUGGGCCGCGUGGAGGUAUCUCGAGCGAACCCAACCUUCACUCACAUGGCGUUAACCGCUUUGUGGGCGCGAGGAGCCCUCAAAUUCGUCGUGUCACAGAACUGCGACGGUCUCCACCUGCGCGCCGGCCUGCCCCGCCGAGCGCUGGCCGAACUUCACGGCAAUAUGUUCGCGGAGUUGUGCGCGCCGUGUCGCAAGCUAUACCUGCGAUCGUUCGACACGACGGAGCGCACGGCGCGGCACCGGCACGGCACGAGGCGGCUGUGCCACGCCUGCGGCACGGAGCUCAGGGACUCCAUAGUGCACUUCGGGGAGCGCGGCAGAGCGGCCUGGCCUUUGAACUGGGCUGGAGCGUUGCGGCAUGCUGCUAGAGCCGAUGUCGUCUUGUGUCUCGGGUCUAGUCUGAAGGUCCUGCGCCGUUACGGUCGGCUGUGGCGCAUGCACAGCGCCCCCUCGUCGAGGCCGGCGCUGUACAUUGUCAAUUUGCAAUGGACGCCCAAAGACUCCGUCGCGAAGCUGAAGAUAAACGCGCGUUGCGAUACUGUUAUGAGACAGGUGGCACGGCGACUGCGACUCCGCGUCCCCCGGUACGACUCCCCCCGGGACCCUGUGAUCUGGCACGCGGAGCCGCUGGCGGCGCCCGAGGCCCACACCACGCGGCGCUCACCACUCCGGGAUGACCCCGCGUCCGACGGGUCCGCUUACCACACCGAUGCGUCUUCUCCAUCGGCCUCGGAUUCUGAUGAGGAGGUGCCACUGAGGAGGCUAGCAGAUCGGUUGAAGGCUCCCACUCUUAAGGCUUUUAAGGUAAAUUUAAUGUCCGGUGAAGCGACGAUCCUGCUCCGCAAAGAGCACGCCCCCUCCCCCUCCCCCAGCCCCGCCCCUCACUCCCCGCCGCGCUCAGCCACUUCAGAAUUACGUCGCUUCCGUAUCCGUCGUCGGCACACGCCGCCUCCCACCGAACCGCCCCACGCCCACACUCCCAAUACUCAUCCCAGACUGAACGGAAUCGAAAUCAAGACAGAACGGAUAAAGAAAGAAGAGGAACUGUCAAAUGGUACUCUAGGAUCUCGUCUGCGGAAACUUCUAGAACAUGAUCCUCUUCCUUUGGUGAAGAAAGAGGAGGACGUGAAGAGGGAACCGCCUGAUAGUAAACUGAACGAUAUUGAACCUCACGAAGAUCGCAACGGCUCGCUGGCGGCCGCCAUCAUCGCUCGCGCGGUUCUGCUGUGUAGGGCUUCGCUGUAUUCCGGAUUUCAUACGAUAAUCUCCCAGCCGCCUGCCACCCCCACCCCUCCUCCGAGCCCUGCCCAAUGCUCGUGGUGCGAGAAGCACUUCGGCUCCCGUCGCUGCUUAUGGUACGGGCCGCCUCGGGAGACCUCGCUGUCGGCCCGGGUGUGGCGCAAGAUCAAGGGUAGGAAGUAUCUAUGCGCCUGCUGCGGCGACGGGGAGGACGGCAGGACGAACGGGGAAGAGACCGGGGGCUGGUACGGGAAGGGCUAUCGCAAGGGGCGGCGCAGGAAGCGGUAGCGACCCUCCGUCCCGGAUCAACCCGAUCCGAGGACGAAGCCAGGGCUCAAACAUAACGAACAAUAAUAUGUGAUCUAGUUUAAUUAGUUAAUGUUCCGAGGACGCUGGGCGGGAUCGCGCUAAUUUAUUUUUGUAUUCGGUACAAGUGGUGUGUGUGUGUCGUGUAUGUCAGCAACUAAUAUUGACCGUUGAAUAUUUUGUCUUUGUAAACUACACUUUAUUUGACGUAUCGUUUAAAGUCUAUUUUACGACGUCGCUGCGUAUAUGAUUGAUCGUCAAUAACACAAUAUAUUUGACAUUAGAUGAUGUAUAAAUUUACUUUUUCCGUUAUUUUAAUUUUGAACAAAUUGUUUGCUGUACAUUACUUGGUCGCGGCAACCUCUCGAAUAAUGUUCGUAUAUAUGUAACCUCUAUACGAUUAAUCCUUAAAGAGGUUAAUAUGUCAUUUAUAACAUUCUUCUUUAGAUGACAUAAAUAGAAUUUCGAUUAUUGAAACAUUAGAACAUUAAGACAUAUAAAGAGCAUUUUUGCAAUAUUAAAAUAUAAAAAGAUAUAAAAAUAAUGGUGAAGCAAUAGCUUUAAAUGUUGUUUUAUAAUGUAUUAUUUUAUUUGUAUCAAAAUACAGUUUAGCUUCGUAAAACUAUAGCACAAAUUGAGUUGCUCUUAUAAAGAGAAACAACAUUUAAAGCUAUGGCUUCACCAUUAUUUUUAUAUCUUUUUAUAUUUUAAUAUUGCAAAAAUGCUCUUUAUAUGUCUAAAUGUUCUAAUGUUUCAAUAAUCGAAAUUCUAUUUAUGUCAUCUAAAGAAGAAUGUUAUAAAUGACAUAUUAACCUCUUUAAGGAUUAAUCAUAUAGAGGUUACAUAUAUGUAUGUAUGUAUAUUGAUUAUACGUAUGUACGUAAAAUGUUGCAUCUGUAUACCGACUCUGUAACAAUUGAAUGCAUUCGUUGUCUUCUUUUGUUGUUGACUGUUUAGUUGUAAGUGAUCGUGCAUUUCAUGAAUUUAAAUUGUAAAAAUUGUUGUGAGCCAAUGAUUUGAUUUAAUUAUAAGAUGAGAAAAUGAUGAAUGAACGCAUCAAUUAAUAUCACCAUUUCUACAUCACAGUAGUGAAUUAAUUCAAUUCAAUGAGAUUAUUAUUAUUAUUAUCAUUAUUAUUAUUGAUAGUCACUUAAGUUAUAGCCAUUCUAACAUGCUUCCAAAGUUCAAAAUUUUAUCAAAUGAAGCUAAUGUUACUUUUAUGUAACAUGCAUGAAUGUAAUGAAACCAUAUUUUUUUACCCACAUUUUAAUAAUAAUUGUAUGUAUUGUCCUGAAAGGUCAUUUACCUUCCGUUAUCAUACAACACCAUGUACAAACAAACCAGAGCAAUAUCCUGUGCCUUUCGUGAUGAUACAUUAAUUAUAAUUAUACUUAUGAUACAAUAAAUAUCGGGCUGGUCCUGGAGCCUGGAUGACUCGCAAUGGAACCCUUGAAUGGUUAUCAAUAAAUUUAUUAAGGAAUUAGCUUUAUCUUAUUAUCAUAAUUGUACAAGUAUUAUUGACAAAACGGGUUUUUUUUUACUAAUUAUUUUGUUUACCUAUAUUGUCAUUGUAAUUAGUGUUUCCACAAAAACAAGAUGUCAUUAAAAUGAAUAUUAAUAUUCUUGUCAAAAUUUCAUUUGGACGUCUGGUCGGUUGCCAAAUGUUUUAUUAAAUGAAGGCUUUAGAAGUGAUUACGGCACACAGCAGUGGAUAGUUUAAUGUUUUUUUUUAUAUAAUCUGUUUACGGCCAUUGGUAACUCCCUUUUUUAGCCUCUCUAACUCAUUGUAUAAGAUUAUAUUUUCAGAAAAAUGUAAGAAUAAAAUAAUGAUUACUUUUCGUUGGGAACUUGUAAAUCGUGUAAUUCAGAUGUCCAAAAGUUUUGAUAAAUUCCAAACUUAUUAAUAUCCGAUACCAAACAUAAUAUAUUAUUACAAUAUACCAACCAGCAACAUUUUUCAUUAUUAUUUUAUUUAUUUGGACGGUUUCCAAAAUUUACUACUGAGAUGAUAGAACAUGAUAAUGGUUUACAUAAUUGAAUAAAUAAUGACAAAUCAAA